GAAACUCAGGAUCGGACGUGGAGAAUAGCAGUGUAUCCGGACCGUUUCGGGUCGGAGGCCUUCAUUCUCAGAAUUUUGCCUUUUUCCAAGAAAGAACUACCAAAGAGAAGGGAAUGGCUACUGUGUCCCUAAUAACCAAAGCCCAGGAAUCAGUGACAUUCAAGGAUGUAGCUGUAAACUUCACCCAGGAGGAAUGGGAACAGUUGAAUCCUGCUCAGAGGAACCUGUACAAGGAUGUGAUGUUGGAGAACUAUCAAAACCUUAUCUCACUGGGGCUUCCUAUAUCUAAACCAGAUGUGAUUUUCAAAUUGGAACAGGGGAAAGAGCCAUGGAUCCUUAAUCUACAGAAAGCCAGAGAAAGAGAGGUGCCAAGAAAUUUCUCUCCAGGCUGGGAAAGUAGGUCUGAAAUCCAACAGUCACCUCAAAAUGAGAACAUUUCUGAAGAUUCAGAAUCACCAGGGACAUUAGUUCCUCUAGACCCUACAUUUGGAGAAAUUCAUAUAUCUGAGAGUAGAUUGGAGAAACAUCAGAAAAACUCUGAACGGGAAAAAUGGAAGAAAUCCCUUUCCUUUGAGAAUACUUUCAAGCAAUUGUCAAUCGGUCUCACUGAAAGACCCAAUAAAGAAAGAGACCUUGAAUGUAAAGAAUGUGGAAAAAAAUUUUUUGACCGCCCAUCCCUUACUCGACAUCUGAGGACUCAUAAGGGAGAGAAACGCUAUAAAUGUAAUGAAUGUGGAAAGGCCUUCUCUAAACAUUCAUCUCUUACUGAACAUGAUAGACUUCAUACUGGAGAAAAGCCCUACGAGUGUGAUGAAUGUGGAAAGUCAUUUAGCCUGAAAAGUAACCUAACUCGACAUCAGCUAACACAUACCGGAGAAAAGCCCUAUGAAUGUGAUGAAUGUGGAAAGGCCUUUAGCCGUAGAAGUGGACUUAUGAGGCAUCACAUGACUCAUACAGGAGAAAGUCCCUAUAAAUGUUACGAAUGUGGGAAAGCUUUUUUUAACCCUUCAUCUCUUACGGAACAUGAGAGAAUUCAUACUGGAGAAAAGCCCUAUGAAUGUGAUGAAUGUGGGAAAGCUUUCUCUAACCAGUCAUCCCUUACUGUACAUAAGAGAAUUCAUACUGGAGAAAAACCCUAUGAAUGUGAUGAAUGUGGGAAAGCCUUCUCUAUACAUUCAUCCCUUACUGUACAUCAGAGAAUUCACACUGGAGAAAAACCUUAUGAAUGUGAUGAAUGUGGGAAAGCCUUCUUUGACUGUUCAUCUCUUAUUAGGCAUCAACGAACUCAUACUGGAGAGAAACCCUAUUUGUGUAGUGUGUGUGGGAAAGUUUUCAGUAUGCAGACAAGUAUACGACUGCAUCAGAGAACUCAUACUGGAGAGAAGCCCUAUAAAUGCCAUGAAUGUGGAAAAGUCUUCAGACACAGUAGUAGCCUAAGGAGGCAUCAGGUAGCUCACACAGGACAAUGUCCCCAUGAAUGUCAUGAGUGUGGGAAAGCCUUCUUUGACCGUUCAUCACUUACCAUACAUGAGAAAAUUCAUACUGGGAAGAAGCCCUAUGAAUGUGUUGAAUGUGAGAAAGCCUUCUUUGAUCAUUCAUCUUUUACUGGACAUCAAAGGAUUCAUGCUAAAAAGAGUCUCUAUGAAUGUAAUGAAUGUGGGAAAGUCUUUAGCCAGAAGAUUCUACUUGCUAGACACAAGCUAAUACAUAUUGGAGAGAAACCUUAUGAAUGUAAUGAAUGUGGAAAAGCCUUUUUUGGCCUCUCAUCUCUUACUCAACAUAAGAGGAUUCAUAGUAAAGAGAAGCCCUUUGAGUGUAGCGAAUGUGGGAAAGCCUUCAGCCAGAGAAGUCACCUUAGUAGGCAUCAGAGAAAUCAUACCGGGGAGAAACCCUAUAAGUGCAGUGUCUGUGGGAAAGUUUUCAGUCGAAAGUCAUCUAUUAUCCAACAUCAGCGACGUUAUGCCAAAGAACAUCAGAUUACUCACACAGGAGAAAGACCCUAUGAAUGUAAUGAAUGUGGGAAAGCUUUCUUUGACUGUUCAUCCCUUACUAUACAUGAAAGAAUUCAUACUGGAGAGAAGCCCUAUGAAUGUGACGAAUGUGGGAAAGCCUUUUUUGACCGUUCACAUCUUAAUCGACAUCAGAGAAUUCAUACUGGGGAAAAGCCCUAUGAAUGUGAUCAGUGUGGGAAAGCCUUCUUUGACCGGUCAUCUCUUACUCAACAUCAGAAAAUUCAUAGUAAAGAGAAACCCUAUGAAUGCAAUGAAUGUGGGAAAACUUUUAUCCAAAAAAGAAACCUUAAACGACAUCAGAUAACUCAUACUGGGGAGAAACCUUAUGAAUGUGGUGUAUGUGGGAAAAUUUUUAGUCACAAAUCAUCUGUAAUCCAACAUCAGCGACGUUAUAAAGCAGCCAUGCCACAGAUGUCUAUCCUCUGUGAGGAAGCAUACACCACCUCCUCUCCCUUCCACCCCUGCCCACUCAUUAUUCCUUCCUUGGGCCCUGCCCAGUACUCUAUAUCAGAAGGCAGCUUCAUUGGCAAAUUAGAUUCCCCAGAAUUCACCUCCAUGACAGACUGGGAUGGGGUGCCCCGGAGGCCUCCGGGAAAUGGAGUCCGGAGGUGGAAUUCCAGGUGGCGUGUAUGGGGGGGUGGUGGUGACGGGAGCGCAGGCGUAGUAGCGUGUUGGAACCGAAGUGUAGGACUUUGGACCAGCCUUGGUCUGGAGGUAAAGGCCGCUCUGUCUGCACGCGCUUGCGUAGGUGUUGGGGAUUGCGAUUGUGUCAGGAGAGGCCUGCGGGGAGCGGGGGGCGCGGACCCCCACAGCGGGGGCAGAGGGAGGCUGCGGGAAGCCCUGCAUUCCCAAGACUCAGCCUACCUUGAACAGGGGAAUCCAGAAGAGGAGGAAGAAGAAAUGGCUCCUGUGUUCUUGCUAACCAUGUCCCAGGAAUCUGUGACCUUCAAGGAUGUGGCAGUGAACUUCACCCAAGAAGAGUGGCAGCGGCUGAGCCCCGCGCAGAGGGACCUCUACAGGGACGUGAUGCUGGAGAACUAUCGCAACCUCAUCUCCCUGGGGCUUCCCAUUUCUAAACCCGAUAUGAUUUUCCAGCUGGAGCAAGGGGAAGAACCUUGGAGACUUGAUUUGCAAGGAAAUGAAGAAAAAGCAGGCCCAAGAAAUAUUUCUCUAAGCUGGGAGAAUAUGCCUGAGACUCAGGAGUUAACUCCAAAGCAGAACAUUCCUGAAGGAGGAGAAGGAUCACCAGACAUAUUAACGGAAAGACUCAGAGGAGAGAUUUCUCUUGUACCUGAGGACAGAGUGGAAAAGCAGAGGGAAAACAACACAGGGAAGACAAGAGAAAAACUCCUUUUCCAUGAGAGAAGUUUCAAGCAAAUCUCAAUAAACCCUGCCCCAAAAACCACUAAAGAGAGAGGCCACGAAUGCAAUCAGUGCAGGAAAUCCUUUUUUGAUCGUUCUUCCCUCAAUCGACAUCAGAGGACUCAUACUGGAGAGAAGCCCUAUGCGUGUAAGGAAUGUGGGAAAGCCUUCAGCCACAGCAGCAGCCUCAGGAGACAUGAGAUGACCCACACAGGAGAAAGUCCAUAUGAAUGUAGAGAGUGUAGGAAAGCCUUCUAUGACCGUUCAUCCCUUGCCGUACAUGAGAGAAUUCAUACUGGAGAGAAGCCCUAUGAAUGUGAUGACUGUGGGAAAGCCUUCUUUGACAGAUCGUCUCUCACUCGACAUCAGAGGAUUCAUACUGGGGAAAGUCCCUAUGAAUGUAAUGAAUGUGGGAAAGCCUUCAGCCAAAAAAGCAUCCUUACUCGACAUCAGCUAACACAUACUGGAGAGAAGCCCUAUGAGUGUAAUGAAUGUGAAAAGGCCUUCUUUGGUCUCUCAUCCCUUAUUCGACAUCAAAGGACUCAUACUGGAGAGACUCCCUUUGAAUGUAAUGAAUGUGGGAAAGCCUUUUUUGACAGAUCAUCCCUUACUCAACAUCAGAAAAUUCAUAGUAAAGAAAAGCCUUUUGAGUGCAAUGAAUGUGGGAAAGCCUUCAAUCAAAGAAGUCACCUUAACCGACAUCAGAGAACUCAUACUGGAGAGAAACCCUAUGAAUGUAGUGUAUGUGGAAAGGUAUUCAGUAGCAAGUCAUCUAUCAUACAGCAUCAACGACGUUAUGCCAAAGAGUAGUCCAGGAGAUAUUAUAAGCUUGGGGAAAAUUUCAUUUAUCCUUUUUACUUUAUUAUAUUGCCAAUAUUUAAGGUGGGACAAGAGACCCCAUUAAAAU